UUCUUGUUUUGGCGCUGUCCGCCUAACGAAGGAGAGGAGACAGUGAAGAAGACCAGCUGAUGGCUGACAAGGAGGCGGUGGUGCUGGAGGCCCUGGGCCGCUUUGGGCUGCGGAGCCUGAGGAGAGCAUGGGUGGAUUCUGUCUGGGAGCUGGAAUUCACAGAGGCGGAGCCUCUGGAUCCCAGGGUGGAGGCUGAAAUCCUGGAGAUCGGAGUGGAGGCGUUUACCAACCUGUAUGAUGGCCUGCUGCCGUUUGCUUCUGCCGAUCAGGAGAACAUGCGGAGCAUCUGGGCGCUGUUUGCAGAGAAUGACAUUUGCCGUAACUCCCUGGUGGCUGUGCUCUACCAUUUUGUCCACGUUGGAGAGAAUAAGAAGUCGGGGUUUAUGCAAAAGUCUAUGGCCCUGCACGCAGCUGGCCUGUACUUCCUGCUCCUGCAGAUACCCGGCAGUGUCGCCAAUCAGGUGUUUCACCCCGUCUUGUUUGAGAAAUGCAUGAACACCCUGGAAAAGUGUUGGCCGCAGGAUCCAGACUCCAGCCGCAAACGGAAAAAGGACAACAUGAAAAGCUCUCAGGGGGACAAUCGCGGAGGCAGAAAACGUCCCAGGCCUGUGCGGAGGGGCGAGGAAGAGCUGGAAGAUCUAUCCGAAGAUGAAGCGGAAAAUGAGGUCUAUUUCUCUACCAGAGAUCUCAUGAACAUCAGAGAUGCCAUCGUCCUUCUGUUGAAAAACUUUUUGCGUCUCCUGCCAAAGUUCUCCCUGAAGGACAAGCAGCAGAGCAUGCUGCACUGCAUGCAGAUCUUUAUAAACCUGACUAGUUUUGAGACGAUUCCCCAGCAGCUGUCGUUUUCGGAAUCCAUCAGUGUCAACCGCUUGAACUAUGUGCCGGAGUUGGCAUAUCAUGGGCUGUGGUUGUUGUGUCAGCCCAGCCAUGGUGAAGGCAAUCAGACUCUUCGCUGGCUUUUCCAACGUCUGCUGAGUGUCAUUCUGAUGGUUAAAGGAGGGCCAGGUUCAAACACUUCCUUGCUUGCAAUCAACGCUCCCGUGACCAGUGCAAGGGACCACGCUGUUGCGUUUGUCUGUUUCCUUGUGGACAAGCUGAAGGAAAUCGCUCUUCCUGUUCUAUACAUUCUAUUACAACACAAUUGUGCCAAGUGUCCUGAUAAGUCAGAUUAUCGCCUGUCAGCCGCGCAAACUCUGGUGAAACUACAAGACCGCCUUCCUAAUGCAGAAUACGCAUCAUUCAUAGAGUGGCUGUACAAAUUCUCCAGGAACUCAAAGAUUUCCUACAGAGUGUUCGCUCUUGAUGCGGCAGCCGCUCUGCUGGAGCUGCCAGAGAGAGCCGCAGACCCUUCCUUCCCUCAAGACGACCUAAAAUUUCUUCAGCACAAGUUCUUGAUCCAGACUGUCAUGUUCAGUCGUUGUUCGGACAAGGCGCCUACCGUCCGCAGCAAAGCCCUCUCCUGCUUGGCACAGUUCCUGGAGAAGAACGCCAUCUCUGAAGGGGUUCAAGAACUGCUGCUGGGCACCUCUAGUCAUUCCCGAAAAACAAUUGGUGUCACCCGGACCAUUGAGGUAUCAGAGGCCGCUGACCAUCCCGGAGCCAAUGGUAGCUGCCAGACAGUGUCCGGAAUUGGUGACCACUUUACCACCGAGAGUCUAGUGAACGCCUCUAGUCACGCUGGAAAAACAAUUGCUGUCAUGCGGACCAUUGAAGUAUCAGAGGCUGGUGACCAGCUAGGAGCCGAUGGAAGAGAGACGCUAAACAUUCUCAGGAUGAGGGCUGGUGAUGAGAAGACAAAUGUCAGGAAGUCGGCUCUCCAGGUCCUGGUUAGUAUACUGAAAUAUAAUCUGAUCCCAUGCAGUUCGGAGGAACUCACCACGCUGCAAGAACGGUGCAGAGAUCCUGCUGUGUCUGUGCGAAAACAAGCACUGACCUCUUUGACAGAACUUCUGCAGGCUCAACCAAAGAAUGUUCUUGUACAGAAGGCCUGGUUAACCGGAUUGGUGCCGGUGGUGCUGGACACAGAGACCACUGUACAGGAGAAGACACUGGAGUGUUUGGACCAGCUUAUUCUUCAGAACAUUCGCCAUUACAAACACUACAAGAACAAUGACCAGAAACAGAAACUCACCUGGGAUCUGCUGCAGCUGCUCACUACAGAGUGCCAGGAUCUUAGCCGUUACCUGACAAAAGCAUUUUACUUGUGGGCCAAGCAAGAUAAAUUUUCUUCCACUUUAAUCAACAACUUGAUUUCUCACACGGAUACAGAACAUGCUGCCCCAGCCUGGAUGGUGCUUGCUAAAGUUGCCAUAUCUGCACCGAAAUUGGAUUAUUCGAAGAUCCUGAACACCUGGGAAGAAAUCAGCAGACAGAACGAUGCAGGCUCCAGCAGUACCACCGCCCAUAUUCUAUGUGUAAUCGGUCACAUUGCAAAACACCUGCCUGCAGACACCAGAGCGCAGCUGAUAGACCAUAUUAAGUGCUGGUUGAAGGAGUUUAAAUCGUCUCCACUGAUAAUCAGUCCAGCGAUUGAGUCCCUGCAGAAACUCUGCUAUGCACAGUUUGAUUCUCUGGAGUCCGCCCAGGGGCUGCUGAAUGAAGUGUUUGGGGAUCUGGUUUCGGUUUGUGAAGAACACAUCUCCUCUCUUGUGAUGGCGGAUACUCAGCAGUUUGAUCAUGAAUUAAUGGUCCGACAUCUGUUCACCCUGGGAGAUGCUGCCCAGCUGUGCCCGGCUCGUGUGGAGAAAAGGGUUUUGCUGCUGGUUCAGUCCUUACUGGCCUCUCUGCCGGCACAGGACGUGCCGCAGUCGCAGAGUCAGUCUCAGUCCCAGCCGUCCUCUCAGCCUCUUUCCCAGUUUAGAGGCUCUAGAAUGCCAUCAGUGGUCCGUGCUCAUGCAUUUAUCACGCUUGGUAAGCUUUGUCUCCAACACGAGGACCUGGCUAAGAAAUGCGUCCCGGCUCUCGCCCGAGAACUGGAGGUCAGCGAUGACAUGGCCAUCCGCAAUAAUGUCAUCAUUGUUAUAUGUGACCUGUGUGUCCGAUACACCACUAUGGUGGAUAGAUACAUCCCAAAUGUAUCCGUGUGUCUCAAAGACCAAGAGCCAUUCAUUCGGAAGCAGACGCUCAUCAUGCUGACCAACCUGCUGCAGGAGGAGUUUAUAAAGUGGAAGGGUUCCCUUUUCUUCCGCUUCAUCAGCGUCUUGGUGGAUGCGGACCCAGAUAUUGCCAAAUUCGGAGAGUUCUGUCUGGUCCAUCUUCUCCUGAAACGAAACCCUGUCAUGUUCUCGCAGCAUUUCAUCGAGUGUAUUUUCCAUUUUAAUUGCUAUGGAAAACAUGAGACGUACAACAAAUUUCCGCAGACUGAGAGGGAACAGAAACUCUUCUCGCUAAAAGGAAAUGAGAACAAAGAGAAACGAAUGAAGAUCUACAAGUUUUUGCUUGAGCACUUUACUGAUGAGCAAAGGUUUAAUCUGACCACAAAGAUCAGCCAGAAUGUUUUAGCUUGUUUUGUGGAUGGCAUGUUACCGAUUGACACAGGAGCUAACGAUUUACUCUCGGACAUCUUUGAGAUCAUGAGCUGCAAAGAGAUAAAGUUGUCGGCGAUGCGGUCCAAACCUGGAGAAGAUGUUGGAGGAGAUGACGACGAGAUGGCCAUGGCGAAUGCUGUGAUGCAGGUCGCACAGAAAAAGCUAAUCUCGCAGGUUCAGAAGAAGAACUUCAUAGAGAACAUCAUUCCCAUCAUCUCUUCUCUGAAGGGGCUUCUGGAGCAGGAGCGCAUUCCAGCCGUGAGGGACCUGAUGAACUGCUUGCGGGAAAUGAUGCAAGACUACCGGGACGAGAUUAAGGAUUUCUUUGCCGCUGACAAACAACUGGCUGCAGAGCUUGAAUAUGAUAUGAAGAGGUACGAGAAUCGGUUGGACUGGGAGAAGGUUGAGCACGAGCUGUCCAAUUCUAUGGCGAAUGGUGCAGUCAUUGGCAGCCCAAAGGUCUCUGCUCCUGCUGGAUCUCCCAGAACCCCAAAUGUUCGCCGGUCUCCUCUCUCCACCAUACAGGAGGCCGCAGGUUCACCCAAUACGCCUAUAGGAACACCCCGAAUCGCCAUUCUGGCUGGACAAGUGGCCCGUCCCAGGCAGAUGUCUCUGAGCACUCAGGCGAUCCUCAACUCUGCCAAAAAACUGGCAGAAGACUAUGGAAGGCCAAGGAGCAAGAGUAUUGGAGCGCGUGCUUCUUCACCUGCCUUCAGCAGUGCAAACAGCAAGCUGGUUUCUUUCCGUAGUUCAGACCAGCAAUCCAGUGGGAUCCUGGAGGGAAGAGCAAUCAGUACGCCUGACAGAACUAUUCAUAAUGUCACAUUUGGAGCUGGUGUCAGUUAUAUCAGUGCGAACCAAAGCUUGUCCUCCAACAACUCCAUGAAUGCUUUCCGUGAGCAAGAGAGAGACAUCCUGUGUAUGAUGUCACCAGACAAACCGGCACCACGACCCAGACAGUGGAACAUAGAGUCUCCAGUACAACGAAAAUCGAAAUCAUAGUCCUUCAGGCUGAGACUCGCUUCGAU